AUCAUUGUUUGCACAAGUGAAUAACCAGCAAAUAUCGUACUGUUCGGCUUUGAAGGGUCAAAUAUCAAAGUAAUAUGGAUUCCAAGGUAUGGAUAGAAAAAGGAAAAUGAUCAAAAUAAAUUAUAUACCGGUAAAUAAAAUAAAUGAAUGGAAAAGAUUUUCCUCGGAAUUUGACCAAUAUCAUACAGUGCAAUGCAAUUGUUCUUCCCUCACUAAGGGUGAAUUCCAUCAAGCAAAUUUGAUGAUAAAAGAUACUAAAUGUUGAUUUUUUUGUGACGUCACAAAAGAUUAUCAACAAGAAUCCGUUUCCAUCAACUUUUUAAAUCAAGAUCUUUGACAUGCUCAUUGAGAAAAGAGAAGCACAUGGUUUUAGUAGUAUCUCAACUCAGUAUUACUUUAGUAUUUCAUAUUACAGAUUGGAUAUUUAUUUGUGUUAUUAAUUUUUCAAUGAUUGGAAUUAGUGAAAAUACAUCAAAUAGUGCUGAAAGUUCAGCUACGAAUAAUGACAACAAUAAUAAUGAGACGUUACUCAGUGAACAAGAUGUGCCUAAAAAACGAAAGAAAACAAGUUUCUCGUGGACUAUAGACAAAAGUAUUCAGCUUCUCAGUGCCAGAAAAGAUAUGGAAAAAGACUUUACUUGUUAUUAUAAAGGCGAAGCGUGGUACAAAUUAUGUAGGAAAUGUGGCUUUGAUAUCAAAUGGGAGAUCGCUAGAACAAAGUUUAUGAAUCUAAGAGCCAAAGGCUACAAGAAAAAAUCUACAGGCUCAGGAGCUGAGUAUCAUCUAUCGGAAGCCGAGUCACAACUUAAUGAGCUAAUAUCGUACUUCAGGAGUAUUAGUGACAAGUAUAAUCCAAAAAAAGUAAUUGACUCUUCCUCUUUUCUUCAAAAUACCAACUCCGAAAAUAAUAGUUAUGGUAAUGUUGCCAAUAAUAGCAGUGUGAAUGAUGAUGAUAUUAAUGAUAUUAGUGAUGAUAUUAACAAUGAUAAUGACAAUGAUAUAAACGAUGAAAAUAUUAAUAAUAAUGAAAACGGAGAUCUACAUGAUACAGGAGCUUCAGCAAAUCAGCAGCUCGACGAUUUUUCAUUUCAAGAUUUGGAUGGUCUAAACAAUAGUCAAAACUCAACAAGAUACUUUGAUUCACAGCCUUCACAGCCUUCUCAGCCUUCUCAGCCUUCUCAGCCUUCUCAGCCUUCUCAGCCUUCUCAGCCUUCUCAGCCUUCUCAGCCUUCUCAGCCUUCUCAGCCUUCUCAGCCUUCUCAGCCUUCUCAGUCUUCUCAACCUACGCAACCUUCGAAUAAUCAGCGAUCUCAAUCUGAAUCUUCUCGCCCUUGGAUCGAUGAAAGUGAGGACUUAGAACUUUUUACUAGGCAGAGGACUAGAAAAAAGCCACCAGCCUACCGAGACAUUAUGCAGAAAUCACAAGAAAACUUAGAUUCGAUAGCGAACAACUUUGAUACUCUGACAAAAUCAACUGUUGAAUUUUAUAAAUAUUUACAGCGAAAUAACACUGAUUAAUCAAAAAAUUUUGCUAUCGAAAGUGACAACAAAAAGUUUUGCAUCCAUUAUUAUUGUAACAAAAUCUGACUUAUAAAUGCUUUCUCUGCUUUUGAAAUUAAAAACAGAGAACCAUGAAUUUCAUAUCAAUAAAUUUCAAGAAAGUUCACAUUAA